ACUGGUGAUGGCUUUUUUGAAGAUUGCCUCGAUGUCAAACUGGAUUUUGGGCCAGGAGUACGUUAUUCUGGCUGUAGAACUGCCUGGUCCACUGCCGACGAGAGAGAAUUUGACAUCAGAAGUGAGUGCAGCGAAACCCCUGCGGUUUCAAAAACGCAACUUGCGAUAACUAGCCCUAAUGUAUUGCUUUCGCCGUAAGUUUUGCGAAUGUACGUUCUCCAGGUAAACUUACACCAAUAUUCGCUCUGAAACUAGCGAAACUAUCAAAAUUCUGAAAUAUUUCGCACCCGCAGGAGCGAAACUUUCGCGAAAAAGGCGUAAGUUUCACACUUGCGGUGACGAAUAUUUUUCAGAUGUUUAUUACCGAAAGCUUGGCAUAUUUUAAGCUUUCGGUGCAUGUGCAGCUUUCACUUCAAGAAUAAAAAACACACUCAACCUACAACAUAUAUCAUUAAAAUCCCAUAGCUCAGUUGGUAGAGCGUCGCAUUGGCAAUUAGAAGGGCUAUGGUUCGAUUCUCGAGGCUUAAAAUGAUGAAAAUUUAUCCUAACGAUUAUGUAUAUAACAGUAGCUACAGAACUUUGAUUUCUGAUAAACUUUUUCCUAUUUGCUUUACUUUAAAAAAUUUAUAUGACGAUUGAUGCUGCUAAAAUUGACGUCAAUCUUGACAGUGCAGACGACAGAAAGUUAGAGGCUUUGUUGUUUUGUUCUGUUAUUGAUUUGUAAAGUUCAGCUAUGGCAUUAGUUGAAACAUUUUGGAAAACUGGGCACAAGAUAACUGGACAUGACCUUGACGGAAGCCUUAGUCUAGGUUAUCGAAGAUUUCGAGCGUUUUUUGGAACAUCGCCUUUAGUGUGUCUUGUUGCUUGGGACAUUUUGUUUAAUGCUCGUCCUAGAAACUCAACACCAGAGCAUCUAUUAUGGGCUUUGAUGCUGUUAAAACGAUAUAGUAUUGAAACAUUUAAUGCGACCUUAAUCGGAGUUAGUGAAAAAACAUUUCGAAAGUGGUCUCACAUAUUCAUCAACCUUCUUGCAGACAUGCCAGUUCUUAACUGGGAGCAACGUUUCCGAAACGCUCCAAGAGACGCAUCUACAUUUAUUUCUCUUGACGGGACUGAUUUUAAAAUCAUGAAACCAUCAGAGUUUGACCCUAAAUGGUGGUCUCACAAAUUCAAUGGUCCUGGCUUGCGAUAUGAGAUUGGAAUUUGUAUCCGCACGGGGGACAUUGUUUGGGCUCAUGGAGGUGUUCCGUGCGGCGAAUGGCCAGAUCUUCGUCUCGCUCGAAAUGCAAUUGUUGAAGACCUUCAACCAGGAGAAAAAGUUAUAGCCGAUCGCGGAUACAAUGACCAGCGUUAUUUUGAUCUUCCAAACGGACAUGCAGAUCAGCAAAAAAAACAAAUAUUGGCGAGGCAAGAGACUGUAAAUCGCCGAAUUAAAGAGUUUUGUUGCAUGAAUUAUAGAUUUCGUCAUGCUUUAUAUUUACACCCUCGUUUUUUUCAUGCUGUUGUAAAUUUAACACAGUUGAUGAUCGAAAACGGUGAGCCACUGUAUCCAGUCGAUUUUUAAAUUAAAAAAUAAAUAAAUCGCCAAUUAUAAUUU